AGGAAGCUUUCUUCAAUCCCUGUUCUAACAGUACAGCCUUCUCAGGUGGAAACAAUGCAGUGCCUGCUCAGAUUAAAGCAAAGGGCUGGAUGCCGAGGAUUGUGCAAGGGAGCUCCCAGGAUGGGAUGGACCUGGAUCCUGUAACCUGUGCAUCCCUAGAUGUGAUCAGGAGCCCCACUGGGAUCUCAGCGCUGUGCCGACUUUGGACUGCAGAGCAUUGCCAGAGGACGGCAAGUAGCUGGAAGUGCUGAACGCUGGCAGGGAGAUGUCAGGCAUUUGAGUCCAGAUGAAGUGAGGCUAUUGGGAGGAUAAAGCGGAGGUGAUGAAGGUUCCCAUGAGCAGGAAUCGAGGUCUCCCCCACCUUACCCAGCAGUGGAUUUGUCUUCUCCAGGGAGAGAUGGAUGGAGAGAAGUGCUGCUAUUAGCUACCACCUGCCUCCAAAAUGUGAAUAACAAUAAUAACAGCAACAAAAUCCCACCAGUGCACACAGUUCAGUUGCUCUCCCUCUGCUGAAAGGUUGUUCAUCGAGAGCAGACAAAGGUUUGCCAGGGAGAGCUUCCCCUUGGAAGAGGAGGAGACCACCUCCACAAGAAGACCCGUAGUCCCUUGCUGUGAACUUGGAUCAGCUGGGGUUAUUUUGGUACUGCCCCAUGCACAAAUCCUUCUCAUCCAGCCAACCAUGAGCUUCGAAGAGUGGCAGCGUGUGGCAGUUUAAAGUGUCAGGUUGCUUCUUUUUCCUUUUCUUUGCUAAGUUUGAACAAUGAUCACUGUCAAUUCGGAUGGAAAAAUAAUGGUCAGAAGAUGUCUCGUCACCUUGAGACCUUUUAGGAUAUUUGUGCUGGGAAUUGGAUUUUUCACCCUAUGCUUCUUAAUGACAUCACUGGGAGGUCAGUUUUCAGCCAAGCGACUGGGAGACUCUCCCUUCACCAUCAGAACCGAAGUGAUGGGCGCUCUGGAGUCCAGAGGGGUGCUGCGGAAAAUGAGCGACAUGCUGGAGAUGAUGGUGAAGAGGAUGGACGUGCUGGCCAGGCUGGAGAACAGCACUGACUUCCGGAAAGGGGAGGAAGCUCAUUACCCUGUGGACAGGUUCCAGCCAGCAGUGGGUUUGAUGGAGAGGAUCCAAGCUAUUGCUCAGAAUGUCUCUGACAUUGCAAUAAAAGUAGACCAGAUUCUGCGCAACAGCCUCAUGAAUGGAAAAGUGGUUGAAGGUAGGCGAGACCAGUGUGAGGCACCCAGAGACCCCAAGUACCCUGACUGCUCUGGAAAAGUGGAGUGGAUGAGGGCCAGGUGGACUUCUGACCCCUGCUAUGCAUUUUUUGGUGUGGAUGGCACAGAAUGCUCCUUCCUCAUCUACCUCAGCGAAGUUGAGUGGUUUUGUCCUCCGCUGCCAUGGAGAAAUCAGACAGCAGCCAUGCCUUCACCCAAGCCACUGCCCAAGGCACAGGCAGCUUUUCGGAGCGACCUCUCUUACCUCCUUGAGCUGAUUGGGAGCGGUAAGGAAUCACUGAUCUUCAUGAAGAAGAGGAUCCGGCACUUGGCCAUGCAGUGGAUUCUAGCAACCCGACGCCUGGAGCAGAAACUGAAGGGCAGACGGAGGGAUCAGAAGCAGAUUUUGGUUCAUAUUGGCUUCCUGACUGAGGAAUCAGGGGACGUCUUCAGCCCCAGAGUGCUGAAGGGAGGGCCUCUGGGUGAGAUGGUCCAAUGGGCAGACAUCUUGGCAGCCCUCUUCAUUCUGGGACACAGCCUGAAAGUCACAGUCUCUUUGAAAGAGCUGCAAAGCAAUUUAGGGGUGCCUCCUGGACGGGGCAAUUGCCCCUUGACGAUCCCUUUGCCUUUUGACCUCAUUUACACUGAUUACCAUGGCUUACAGCAAAUGAAGCAACACAUGGGGCUCUCCUUUAAAAAAUACAGGUGCCGUGUUCGGGUCAUUGAUACCUUUGGGACAGAGCCAGCUUACAAUCAUGAAGAGUAUGCCACCCUGCACGGCUACCGGACGAACUGGGGGUACUGGAACCUGAACCCCAAGCAGUUCAUGACGAUGUUUCCCCACACUCCUGACAACUCUUUCAUGGGCUUUGUGUCUGAGGAGCUCAACGAGACUGAGAAGCAGUUCAUCAAGUCCAACAAAGUAAGCAACAUGGCAGUGGUGUACGGGAAGGAAGCCAGCAUUUGGAAGCUGCAGGGCAAAGAGAAGUUCCUGGCCAUCCUCAACAAGUAUAUGGAAAUCCACGGCACUGUUUAUUAUGAAACCCAACGUCCUCCUGAGGUCCCAGCCUUUGUGAAGAACCAUGGCCUUUUGCCACAGCAUGAAUUCCAGCAGCUGCUGAGAAAAGCCAAGCUCUUCAUAGGCUUUGGGUUCCCAUACGAAGGUCCUGCCCCUUUGGAAGCCAUAGCCAAUGGUUGUGUUUUCCUGCAGUCUCGUUUCAAUCCACCACACAGCUCCCUCAAUCACGAAUUCUUCCGGGGGAAGCCUACAUCAAGAGAGGUAUCCUCCCAACACCCCUAUGUUGAGGACUUCAUAGGGAAGCCUCAUGUAUGGACAGUGGACUACAAUAACUCCGAGGAGUUUGAAGCUGCCAUCAAAGCAAUUAUGAGGACCAAGGUGGACCCUUACCUGCCCUAUGAAUACACCUGUGAGGGAAUGCUGGAGCGGAUUCACGCUUACAUUCAGCACCAGGAUUUCUGUGCUGGAGCUGCCGCUUCUCUAUCAGCAAAGCCUGGCAGCCAUGCUAUGCAAAGCUCUCUGAGCCCCUUCACCCUGUUGCCCAAUGCCAGCCACCUGAUGUGGGCACACAAUGCCAGCAGCAGCCCCCAGGCCUGGCCUCCCGUGCACUCCAUGCAGGUGUGGGUGUCUGAGGUGCGGAGGGCCUGCACCGAGACCUGUCAGGAGCACGGGCUGGUCUGCGAGCCAACGUUCUUCAAGUUCCUCAACAAAAAGGACGUGUUUCUCCAGCUUAGCAUCGCCUGCGACAGCACUGAGUACGAGAUGAACCACCUGUACCCAGCUGUGGCCGAGACCGUCCGGGAGUGCUACCUCCAGAAGGAACCGCUGCUCUACAGCUGCGCGGGCUACAGCAUCAAGUACCGACGCCUCUGCCCAUGCCGCGAUUACCAGAAAGGACAAGUGGCUCUGUGCAGGGACUGCUUGUGAUCCUGCUCCCAAAGCCUGGCAGCGUGUUGCUGCACACCAUGUGCAAUGAGUAGCUUUUUCUCAAAGCUUCUGCAAUACUUGAGAAGAGCAGGACAGGUCCCUCUUCUUGGAAACUCCUGUUGAGACUUGGAUGUCAGCCUCUGUGGGUUGUGUGUCUGCCAGUCGACCGUGAAUGACCAUCGCCUGAUGUUGGGUUUUAGUUUUAUUUUCCCCUUGAGAAACAUCUCCCACCACCAAACCCACCUGGACCUCAGAGGAGCUGGGAGGGACCCCUCAGCCCUAUCAGAAAGACAAGGCACCAGCAGCCUCCAGUUUGGGGUUUCAUCCUCUUUUAACAUCCUUGAUUUGUUUAUUAUUUUUUAAAUCUGAUGAGCAGUAAAUUAAAACAGGAAAACCACA